AGGGGCGAGAGAAGGGGGUGUUGGUCUUGGAGAGCAUGGUCGCAGGAGAGCUGCAGACUUGCCUCGGUGUCUCCUCAUUGAUAACAGCUUCUCGGGAGCUCUCGGUGAUGUUGCGGAGCCUCUCGUCAGGGGACAUCUGACCCGGAGAUUGUGUGCGUGUACACGGGGAGGUUUGAUCCACUGUGCGCGGUGCUGGUCGUUCGGCAGGACAGACAGAGGCACCGGGACAGCUGCGGGAUCAGCCGGAGCUCGAGCUGCUGGUUCGAGGCUUCUUCUUUCGGGAUUCUCACAGAACAGGAGCAGAGAUCGUGAUCUGGAAGCGCGACGGCACAACGACUGCUUUUCUGCUCUCUUGUGGAACAUUUAUUCUGUGGCUUUUAUAUUUUUUCCACUGCGUAGCCUACCUCCAGUCUUGGAAAUUGAUAGCGACUUGGAGAAACUGUUUUCAUGGAGUUGAGUUUACGCAGAUCUAUACUGUGGAUGUCCAGCCUUUAUCCAGAACUGUCUCUCAUUCAAGCGACUAAAGAGUGAUCAUAUGGUGCAAAGUCAAUGAUCUGACUGUCAAAACGCAAGCUGUUUUUAAAAUAACCGAAAGAUACAUACAAGUAUUACUAAAACCAACAAGGAAGCAACAUUUGUGCGGGAAUAAGAACGUGGACUCUCAUCACAACAUUUCACCCCCACAUCCAUCCCAGUCUUUAACCCUGAAUCACUUUGGCUUCGCCGGAGUUCCAGAGCAGAUAUGCCGCAGGUGGAAAUGAUCCUCUUCCUCCUCACCAUCAUAGUGAUGUGUGUGGACGGCCAGGACCCGGCGUCCAAGGUGAUGACCGACCGAUACGCCGUCUUCUGGAACCGAACCAACCCCAGGUUUUACCGGGGUGAUUACCACAUUGACGUAUGCAUCAACGACUACCUGGACGUCUACUGUCCGCACUACAUCGUCCCAGUGUCUGACGAUCGAGCCGAGCGCUACGUCCUCUACAUGGUGAACUAUGACGGCUACAGCUCCUGUGACCACACCGCCAAGGGCUUCAAACGCUGGGAGUGCAACCGGCCUCUGUCGCCCAACGGGCCGCUGAAGUUCUCAGAGAAGUUCCAGCUCUUCACCCCCUUCUCUUUGGGCUUUGAAUUUCGCCCCGGCAGAGAGUACUACUAUAUCUCCUCCAUCACUGACGAGAAAGGAAGACGGAGCUGCCUUCGCCUCAAAGUCUUUGUCCGGCCUCAGAACAAUUGUGUGAAAGAACCCGGGACCGUUCAGGAAGGGGUCGACUUUGACGACAACAGUCACAACUCCCUAGAACCCAGAGACGGCAUCGGUCACGAGUCUCCAGAGGCGGCUCGACGGGAUGUGAACUCUGCGGGCCGACGCCAGACUUCAGUCCUCCUGCUCAGCGCCGCCCUCAUUCUGCUGGCGGCCAUCUUGCCUUUAUAGCGCCCAGGCUGAGGAAUCCGCCAGGAAUGGACUGUCCUGAUUGGACCACAGGCUGCCCUUACCCUGCAACCCCUCCCCUCAAAGGAGCACUUUUUUAAACAAAAAAGAACACUGACAAUCUCUCUAUGUGAAAAGAGAGAGGAAGGGACUUCCAUGUUGAAGCCUUCGAUGUUUUUUGACUUGCCAACCAGAGUGAUUAAUGACUUUCUGCUGCGUGCUGAUGAUCAAGGCACCCUGAGGUGAAAGAUGCGUACCCUUUCGCCUUGCUACUACUCACAGUAUACAGAUAUUAAAGACAAGCACACAUAUGAUCUCAAACCCACACAUACACACACACACACACACACACACACACACACACACUACACAAUCAGUCCACAGCUUGAAUGGCAAUGAAGCACAGCGGGAUCCUUAAAAAGUUUACAGACUUUUUUUUGUGUUCAGGAAAACAUCACAUAACCCCCCGACAUGUAUCAUGAUUAUAUCUCACGUCAAAAUGGAAGAUGUUUUCGAGGAAGACCUGGAAGUAACGCAUCACCACCAUGCUAACGGGAAAAAAUGAGAACGAUGUUGUUGCUAGGAGACGGUCACCAAGGGCGCAGGGCGAGACUUUGACGACUCAAUCCUCCCUGUUGAAAAGCUGACCCUUGUUGAGAAUUAUAACAUUUAAAGCAGCACUCAUCUUUUAGUGUUGGGAUAGGGCCGAUUUAAUGACCGAUUAAUGUGUUUUGAUUUUAAUAUGUCACCUAAUUCAAUUGUAGCAGCCAACAUGGGUGUACAGUAAAAUAUUUGAACGGAGCGAAGAAGUGGUUAUGGUUUUUUUGCCAGGCAAAAUGUAUUUUCCUAUUUAUUGUGAAGUCCUCGUGUUUCUUUUUUCUGCUCUGGUUUUAGUCUGUAAGUACAGUAGAAAGGCAAUACAGUUACCCAUUAAGUUAGUUCAUAUUACACAGCUUUUUUGAUACAAUCACUUCAGUUUAUGUAUCUGUUGGAAUUGAUCGCUAAUUUUUUAACAAAGUCCAGGAAGGAAAAAAAAAGUCUGAUGUGCUAUCAGGGUGUAGGAAAAAAAAGAAAAAAAAUCGUUGAAUAUUUGUGUUUCGAUUGUCAUUAAAAAUGUCACCAACGUAGUUUUACUAUUA